CUUGGAAGUACUGAGUGGCUAGAGGGCGUCCCACCGGACGUUGCGUCUCGCCUGAAGGCCAGCAGCGAUCCACGAACCUCCCAGCUAGGGAGCCGCCUCAUUGUGCCCCGUGAUACUUACUGCCAAAUAAAACCGGCUCAAGUUAAGGCUCCUCGAAGAUACAAUUCAUUUCCAACGUUGAUUCUCUUCUGUUUCCUUCUUAGGAUUCGGAUAGGAUGGACGAGAGGGUAGAAAUGAAUUGUUUUGAGCUCUAAUCAAGAAGAAGUGGCAAGCAGUGCAGAAGCCUGGUAUGGGCUUUUUCUUAGGUACUGAAGAUAACAUCGACACUCUCAGCGAGCGGUCUGGAGGUAUUUUCUGUUGCAUCAGUAAAUCUCAUUUACUUCAGGAACAAUGGGCUCUUCUUCAGUCACUCGCUUGAUAAACUCUGAAGUAGAACCGUUACUGCACUCGCUUGAGAAACUCUGAAGGAACUCCUGUGUCAGGCCUCUGAGGAAACUCUGAAGAAGAAGGAACUCUAUGUGUCAGGAUUUCUUCACUUGCUUCUCCGAGUGCUCGCUUCUAAUGUCCGCCACACAAUCGGAGUCCCGGAAGGCCCAGCAGAGCUUGUGCCAGAAAAAGCGUUACCGCAGAAAGCAAAUUUGGAUUUUCUCAACUUCAUUAAUUUCGAGAAAGUUACGAUGUUGUGAUUUUUUCAAAGAGAUGAGAGGCCUUUUCUUAAUGAAUCAAUAUGGAAUGCCGUUAUUUAGAGGGGGCAAAUAUCAGAAUAAAUCGCAGGAUAAGCAGAAUUCCGAUUCCGCAAUUCAUCACUGUCUUGAGAACAAAACCUCUCUCAUGCUGCCUUCUCAUUCCGCACAUCCUUGACCUGCAGUACUGAACUAGAUUCAUCUGCAAAAAAUAUUAAUGUUCAAAAAUCACAGACAACUCAGCGAGUUCUUGAACCAAUUCAAUAUACUUCUAAGAGGCUAGUACAUCAUCUAAGUAACGCUGCUAUACCGGACAAGAACUGACGAUACGGACGCAUCAUCGAGGCAAGGUUCGUCGUAGACUUGGCAUCUUUCGCCUGAACGAAAAAGAUGACGCGACCACGCUGCUAAGAAAACAUAACCUUCUACACAUAACCAAUGGCCCUACCCUAUCACGCGGCAUUUUAAAGUCACACUUUUCUUUCUCAAACAGUAACAUAGAUAUUUGAUAUGACAAGAAUUUAUUUACGAAUUACUCCAUAUUAGUGUCGUAUGCAGUUUUCCGUAACCUAGGAGCACAGUGCAGCCUGAGAACCUUUCCUGUCCUAGCCUAACCUGAGAGCCUUUCCUGUCCUAGCUACUAGCUUCAUAGGAAAAGUGGAGCAAUAGCGAUGGCACUCCUCGAUUGACGAUGGACGACGUGAGAAUGGAUAGCGACGAGCUGACAGACAGUUAAGAGCCACGCUUUUUGCACAGAUGAUUUUUCCACUAGAUGACUUUCCAAGAAAAAACGCAAUGCUUAAGGAACGUAUGAUAUCAUCGCAGGUGUUGUAAACAUCUUGUAACGCAGCUUUACUACUUCUGCAGGGGCUCAUUGUGCAGGAUCUGAGCUAACCCAUUUGAUGAGCUCCUCUCUUGGGUCGAAUAGAUUCAAGUCAUCAGAACGGUCACAGCAAGUCAUCAUUGAAUAGAUUCAAGUCAUCAGUGAAGAGCACGGGAACGUAAAAAGCACUAAGCUCACGCCGCAGCUGACACUGGGCUCGAAACUCGCGUAGGGAAUCUAGCACUUGCUGCUGUCUUAUGAACUGAAAUUUGCAGGUCCUCGGACUAGAAUUGACAGCACAUAGAACCAAAAAUAAUAGUAAAUUCUUCGAAUUACAACAUCGUCUUGCAUGAUUGUCCCGCCCUUCUAGCACUUUCAUGAUCGGUGCAGGACGAAGGGAUGCAUUCGAGGUCGGACGCGGCGGCCUGCUUCCGUGUCGCACAAAAGGAAGCGUUCACCCUAGGGUCUCACGAAUGGAGCCUCUUCACUCCUCCCUUUUUCUUCGAUCAAACGCCUGACUGACUCCCUUCUUCUUCGAUUCCGGUUAGCACAUUUUCGAACCAGUUGAGAAGCGAGUCGUUGACAUAGAACUACAAGAAGAGUCAUAAUGCGUUUCCAAACAUGCUUUGUUCCUACACCCCUACAUCAGAAUAAUGGCUAAAUGAUGCUCUCCUCUCUACUUUGGAAUUAUCUCUCGGUCGAUCGCUGGUGGGGUGUCGGAGUGUUUUUGGGGUAUUGGUGUUUCGUACUCCUCCCCCCGUGGUGGACCGAACAUGAUCUAUCCGAGCGUCCGGGUGGGUCGUCGGUCUUCCCCCUCGACCAGUGUCCCUUGUGAGACAGGCGCGGUCGUAUGGUAUCCCUUGUGAGACCAAGUGUCGCGACGCCAAGUGUCGCAUUAAAUAAUCGGAAGUUUGUCUAGGUACUCUCCUCUCUACUUUGGAAUUAUCUCUGAGGACGCCAAUCAUCAUCCGAAAUACUUCAUCAUCAUCUUGCUGACAGUAUCCGAUACUGAGUAUCGGAGGACUCUCCGAGACGCCAUAUUGAUG